AUAAGUUUAUGGAUAGAUAAUUAUAAGUAAUUAGCUUUGAAUAUUUCAUACAAACUAAAACUUGACUAUAACACAGAGAGAGAUAUGGAUAUUGAUCUAAACCCAAAGUUGGCUAAGCAAGUUUAUGGAGGAGAUGGUGGUUCUUAUCAUGCAUGGUGCCCUAAUGAGCUUCCCAUGCUGAAAGAAGGAAAUAUUGGCGCAGCUAAACUUGCUCUUACAAAGAAUGGCUUCGCUUUGCCUCGUUAUUCUGAUUCUGCUAAGGUCGCUUAUGUUCUUCAAGGUAGUGGAGUUGCUGGAAUUGUUCUUCCAGAAAAAGACGAGAAGGUGGUAGCCAUUAAGAAGGGUGAUGCUAUUGCCCUCCCUUUUGGUGUUGUAACAUGGUGGUACAACAAAGAGGACCCUGAACUUGUGGUUCUCUUCCUUGGUGAUACCAAAACUGCACACAAGGCUGGUUCAUUCACUGACAUGUACUUGACCGGCUCCAAUGGAAUUUUCACUGGUUUCUCAACUGAGUUUGUUAGCAGGGCAUGGGAUGUAGAAGAGAGUGUUGCUAAGACUCUAGUUAGCUCUCAGACCGCUAAGGGCAUCGUGAAGCUGGAUGCAGGCUUCCAAAUGCCCGAGCCUAAGCAAGCCAACAGGAAUGGCAUGGUUCUCAACUGCGAGGAAGCCCCAUUGGAUGUCGAUAUCAAGGGUGGUGGAAGGGUGGUUGUUUUGAAUACCAAGAACUUGCCAUUGGUUGGUGAAGUUGGAACUGGUGCCGAUCUUGUUAGGUUGAACGGAAGUGCUAUGUGCUCUCCUGGUUUCUCAUGUGACUCAGCCCUUCAAGUCACUUACAUUGUGAGAGGAAGUGGUCGAGUUCAGGUUGUUGGCGCUGAUGGUAAGCGUAUUCUUGAAACACACCUCAAACCUGGUAAUCUGUUCAUUGUUCCGAGGUUCUGUGUUGUCUCGAAAAUUGGCGAUCCUGAUGGCAUGGAUUGGUUCUCCAUCAUCACUACCCCCAAUCCAAAGUUCACAAACUUGGCUGGAAAGGUUUCGCCAUGGAAGUCUCUAUCCCCACAAGUGCUGCAGGCUGCUUUCAAGGUUUCCCCAGAUGUCGAGAAGCAUUUCAGCUCCAAGAGAACUGCAGAAGAGGUUUUCUUCCCACCACCAAACUGAUCGAUGGCGACCAAGUUUCUGUCCUUUAAACUCAGUAAUAAGAGAGUAGUAGUUAGAGGUUUCGGAAUUGUGGUUACUGUUCUUGAUUUCCUUAUGGUGUUCGGAACAAGAUUCUUCGCGGCUCUUCGUUUUUUUUUUCCAAUUAUAUCCUAAUUUAAUUGUUCUUUUGUUAUCUUUAAAUUUGAUCAGCUAUUAGAUGCAAGUUUUUACCUUU